AUGAAGAACCUUAUUUUCAUUUGGGCGUUUUUCGCAGUAGUUGCUUACGCAAAUGUUAUCGGUCGAAGAGAAAUAUUUGAAUUUGAUGAACAAAUUUUAAUAACUUUUCCAUCAACGUUUGAUUCUAAAACGAUUGAAGAUUGCGGAACUGGAAACCCUGAGUACAUACUCCAAUUGUCGCGUCUUGAUAUAUCCCCGGACCCUCCGCAGAAAGGUCAAGAACUUAGAAUUAGUGCCGAAGGAUAUUUAUCUGAAACUGUUGAGAAAGGCGGUUAUAUUAACAUAACAGUCAAGUUUGGCUUGAUCAAACUUUUACAGCAAACACUUGACUUGUGUGAACAAGUUGAAAAAGUUGAUAAGCAAUGUCCUUUAGAAGAAGGUAGCCAAACCUUAGACCACACUGUUGUGUUACCAAAGGAAAUCCCCCCGGGAAGAUAUACCGUCGAUGCCCACGUGUUUACCAAAGAUAACAAACCCAUUGCUUGUUUUAAAGCUAAAACCUUCUUCAGACCAUAA